UGAAAAUCUCAAGAGGCUUGAGGCUUGCAACAAUGAGGGGCUUGAUUGCUCUUGCCAACCCGGACUAUCGUGCAGAUUAACCAAACAAAUGAUAGUGGAUGGCAAAACUGUUCCAGUCAAGCAAUGCAUGGGAGACGAUGAGAAGAUUAAUAUCGAGACCAUCAACGUGGACCCCGAGGAGCAGAACAAUGCAGCAAACGCAGCUUACAGAGUCAAGCGUUUCUUGGGAAUUAUCACGAAAUGUCAAUCCGACGUUGAUUGCGCCCCAAACUUCUGUUGUCCAAUUGUGAUCCAGCGCUGUCUCCCGAAAAUCCCAGAAGACGGCGCCUGCAACUUCAAGGAUUUACAUCGCUGUGGCUGUAUGGAUGGAUUAGUAUGCCAGAAGACUACAGAGAUUACAAUUUUCCCAGGCAUUAAGAUUCCUCUUGAGCAGUGCGUCAAGAUGUAAACACGUAUAUUUACGUAGCACCAUUAAGUGCUGUAGUAGCUUGAGCAAGAAAAAUAAAAAUAAAACGGUUCUUU